CCGCGUGGGGCCCCUCGGAGAGACCGGGGACCGGCAGCCUCGGGAGGGCGCCGCCGAGCCCCGGCCCAGGCCCGAGCCGGACGCCGGCGGCGAGUGUGCAGUUAUGGCCACCCAGGUGAUGGGGCAGUCUUCUGGAGGAGGAAGUCUGUUCAAUAGUGGCAACAUGGGCAUGGCCUUACCCGGCGACAUGUAUGACUUACACGACCUCUCCAAAGCUGAACUGGCUGCACCCCAGCUCAUCAUGUUAGCAAAUGUGGCCUUGACUGGGGAAGUCAAUGGCAGCUGCUGUGAUUACCUGGUGGGUGAAGAAAGACAGAUGGCAGAAUUGAUGCCCGUUCGGGACAACAACUUUUCAGAUAGCGAAGGGGAAGGACUUGAAGAGUCUGCCGAACUAAAAGGUGACCCCAGUGGGCUGGUAAACAUGGAACUGACAAGUUUGGAGCUAAAUGCUGCCGAACCACAGCCUGUGUUCGAAACAUCAGCUGCACCAGAAAUGCACAACUCCAAUAAGGAUGUCCCUCCAGAAACGGUGGGGACAGAGGACAAGUGCAAGAAUCUGAAGGCCAAGCCCUUCCGCUGUAAGCCCUGCCAGUAUGAAGCCCAGUCUGAAGAGCAGUUCGUGCACCACAUCCGGGUUCACAGCGCGAAGAAGUUUUUUGUGGAAGAGAGUGCAGAGAAACAGGCUAAAGCCAGGGAAUCUGGCUCCUCCACGGCAGAGGAGGGGGACUUCUCCAAGGGCCCCAUCCGCUGUGACCGCUGUGGCUACAAUACCAACCGCUAUGAUCACUACACGGCUCACCUAAAGCAUCACACCAGGGCCGGGGAUAAUGAGCGCGUCUACAAGUGUAUCAUCUGCACGUACACAACCGUAAGCGAGUAUCACUGGAGGAAACACCUGAGAAACCAUUUCCCCAGAAAAGUCUACACGUGUAGCAAGUGCAACUAUUUUUCAGACAGAAAAAAUAAUUAUGUCCAACAUGUGCGAACUCAUACAGGAGAACGCCCUUAUAAAUGUGAACUUUGUCCUUACUCGAGUUCUCAGAAGACUCACCUAACUCGACACAUGCGCACUCACUCAGGUGAGAAGCCAUUUAAAUGUGAUCAGUGCAGUUAUGUGGCUUCAAAUCAGCACGAAGUGACCCGACAUGCGAGACAGGUUCACAACGGGCCUAAACCUCUUAACUGCCCUCACUGUGACUACAAGACAGCGGAUAGAAGCAACUUCAAGAAGCACGUUGAGCUGCAUGUUAACCCAAGGCAGUUCAACUGCCCCGUGUGUGACUAUGCAGCUUCCAAGAAGUGCAAUCUACAGUAUCAUUUCAAAUCCAAGCAUCCUACCUGCCCUAAUAAAACGAUGGAUGUCUCAAAAGUGAAACUAAAGAAAACCAAAAAGAGGGAGGCUGACGUGCAUAGUAAUGCCACCAGUGAAAAAACAGAGACAGAGCAAGCGAAAACAAAGGGGGAUAUGUCUGGAAAGAAAAAUGAGAAAUCCCUAAAAGUAGAGAAAAAAGAUGUUUCAAAAGAGAGGAAAUCUGGCAGCGUCUCAGUGGUCCAGGUAACUACCAGAACUCGGAAAUCAGCGACAGAGACUAAAGCAGCAGAGAUGAAACACAUAGCUGUCCAUACAGGAAAUAAUCCGGAAAAAUUCGGUAAAGUCAAGAAAAACAAAAGAAAGAUGGAUUCUGAAGCCCAUUCCUCAGGUGAUCCCAUGAAUGAGGAACCAGUGACAAAAAAAAAAAAGGUAGAAAGCAAAUCCAAAAACAGUACCGAGGUGCCAAAGGGUGACAGCAGGAUGGAGGAGAAUAAGGGGGACACUAAAAAGCAAAACACUUCCACUAAAAAAGGUGCAAAGAAGAAAACUCCAAGAAGUAAAUCAAAUAAGAAGGGCAGCAGACCAGCUCAGGAGACAGAGCCUUCUACAGAUCUGGUGCAUGGGGAGGACUCUCCAGUUCCUGCGCUCACUCAGGUGGUGGGCGCUCUGGCAGGCUCUGCUAAGACAGGACUUCCUUCUCCCAUGGAUAUUGCUCAGACAGGGUCUGGUCAGAUAGAGGUUUCCCAGACAGGGGGUCCUCUGAGGGAGCCGCCUCCUUCCAUGGAGCCUGCUCAGAGGGAGUCGCCUCUUCACACUCAGCUUCAGCUUCCCCAGGUGGAGCUGCCUCUUCCUAUGGAGCCUCCUCAAGUGGAGCCGCCUCCUCCCAUGGAGCCUGCUCAGAGGGAGUUGCCUCUUCAGCCUCUUCACAGGGAGCCUCCCCAGGUAGAGCCUCCCCAGGUGGAGCCUCCCCCUCCCAUAGAGCCUCCUCUGGUAGAGCCGCCUCCUCCCAUGGAACCUCCUCAGGUGGAGCCACCUCCUCCCAUAGAGCCUCCUCUGGUAGAGCCACCUCAUCCCAUGGAACCUCCUCAGGUGGAGCCUCCCCAGGUGGAGCCGCCUCCUCCCAUGGAGCCUGCUCAGGUGGGACAUUGUCAGAAAGAGCUGCCUUCUCCUUUGGACCAUGCUCAGAUGGAGGUUGUUCAGACAGAGCCUCUUCGCACGGAAUGUGUUCAGAAAGAGCCUCCUCCUGUCAUGGAGCCACCUCUUCAAGUCAAGCCAAUUACCAAAAGGUCAUCUCCCCGGAAAGAUAGGAGAAGUUCAAAGGAGAGGUUGAACACGCGGAGUGAGAUGGUGCGGCAGGAGCAAGUCCUUCUUGAAGUUGGCUUAGUGCCUGUUAGAGACAGCCAGCUUCUAAAAGAAAGCAAGAGUGCACAGGGUCUUCCAGCCCUGUCCUCACCAUCGCCAAAGGGAAACUCGAGGAAAGGCGAGACGCCCAUGGACCAAAAGAUUGUCUCUGAUGCGGUAGGAAAUAAAAUAGCCCCUCUCAAGAAAGUAGGAGCAGAGGAAGCCGGUGAGAGUCUAGCUGAGCUUGCUGCUCCCAAGGAAUCUGCCAAUGUCUUACCCUUGGAACAGAACUCAAGUGUGCCAGAUGGUGAGAUAUUACAUGCUAAGUGUCAGACUGGUUCAGCUGGGGUUUGUGAAAUGGAAGUGAACCCCGAGCAGAACACAGCAAACAGUGUUCCUGUGAAAGAUGCAACAGUUGAAUCGGUGUCACCACUGCCUCUUAUCCCAUCAGUUGAACGUGAAGCAGUGUCGCCAACUGUUACUUUGGCUGAAAACGAAUCUCAGGAAAUUGAUGAAGAUGAAGGCAUCCAUAGCCAUGAUGGAAGUGACCUGAGUGAUAAUAUGUCAGAGGGUAGUGAUGAUUCUGGGCUGCAUGGGGCCCGGCCGGUGUCACAAGAAGCUAGUUCAAAAAAUGGAAAGGAAGGGUUGACAGUUAAAGUAACCGAGGGGGAUUUUGUUUGUAUUUUCUGUGAUCGCUCUUUUAGAAAGGAAAAAGAUUACAGCAAACACCUCAAUAGACAUUUGGUUAAUGUGUACUUCCUUGAAAAAGCAGCAGAGGGGCAGGAGUAGUUAGUUCCAUGGAAGUGCAUUUCGUAGUUUCUAAACAUCCUCUACUUUUAGUUUGUUAGAAACACAAGCUUGCUUUAGUGUCAAGUGCUGAUUUGUAAAUGACAUUCUUUUUCUUAGGACUAUGCUUAUCUAGUGACUCUUGCAUGAAUCUGAACAGAUCCUAGGGAGUUGAUGUUAAGAAGAUUUUGCAAUCAGGUGAAAAGAGAAAGACAAGAUGGUAGAACACGCUCUCUUGUGUUGUCUACCUACAACCUUACCAGUUUUUUUCCUCCUUUUCACUUGUUUCUACUUUCAGUUCCUAGUUUAGACUGAUAAAAAUUGGCGUAGCAAAUUACUUGAAGAAUUUGCCUGCUUUAUAUAAGUAAAGUUAGCACUUUAAAGUUUCUUUAGAGUUGAGAAAAGACGUUUAAAUUGAAGAAAAACUCUUUCAACAGUGGACAUUGUAUUUGUCCAAAUGCUUCUUGACAUAUGGUCAAUAUUUUGUGUUUGUAUGUUAAUCAUUAUAAAAAGUGAUUUUUUUUGGUGUUUUAUUUUGGUGCUUUACUGGCUUAAGAUGUUGCACAUGGUUUUUGAUUUUGUUUUUUUAACCUAUGCAGUUAAUCUUCCCUCCUAGAAAUAGCAUUGUGUUUAAUAGUAACACUUUAUACAUAUGCAUGUGUUUUUUUUUUUUCUUUUGGGAGGGUGCUUUUAGGCUUAUUUGCAAAAGCACCAUUUUCCUUUGCUGCAAUUGUCUUUCUUUGCAGCACAUUAGUGUGCAAGUUUAUGAGCAAUGGAACAUGCAGGUUCAAUCCAUUGUUUUGUUCUUUUUAUUUUAAUUUUCACCUUUAUCUAUGCCAGACUCAGUUUCAUAUAAGUUAUUUUGAAUGGUGAGCAUAUGUGUAAUUCCACAGCUCUCCAGUCUGAUUUGUGCAGUAAGCCAUUAGAAUCCCACAUUGAACAAAAUUUAAUCUCAAAAAUAUCAGCCAUUAGAAUUUUCUAUUUUGCUGUUUCUAGCUUAUUUCUUACAGAGUAGUAAAUCAUUCUUCAGAGUUUAUUUUUUCAAUAGAUGUUGACGUUGGGUUGGCUACUUAACUGAACAAAGAAUUCCAAGUGAUCCUUGGAGACAGCAAACCUGGAGCCAAGCAUAAUUAUCCUUCCUAGAAUAUCACUUGUGAGAAAGCCAUCAUGACCUCGUGGCUGAUCUAGAAUGGAGUGCUGAGUUCUGGUAAACAGCUGCAUCUUCCUUCCAGUGAGUACCUGAACAGGGCUGAUGUUAAUUAAGUACAGUCCAGAUUUGAAGAGUCAUACUUUCUCAGGGAUCUCCACAAAAUAGCGGGUGUCCUCAGUGCCCCUGUGAGACAGCCUCUGUAGAGGAGAGGCCACAGGUGAAUUGUAGCUCUCCUGGUGUCCUUCUGGGGACACUGGUAUGAGAAACCGCAUGCUCCACAACGUGUUCUCUGUGUUCUUUGGCCAAUGCCAGAGUGUGACAUAGUCCAACAUGGGAUUUUUUUUUACUGGUAGUAGUAAACAAAGUAUGGUCCCAACCGGGAAUUGUAACAUUGUGAUGGUCAUGUUCUGUUUUGAAAUAACCUGUAUUUCAUUUAUUUUCUUUUACCUGGCGAUCUCUGAGCAGGCUUCAGAUUUUGACAGUUGAUGAAAGAUAGCGACAAGCAUUAAUGUGUGGGUGAAAAGCAUGGUGAGAUUCUGAGUGAAGUUUUAGUUAAAGUUGGUUGAACGUGGAAUUGACUGGGAGGCCAAAGAUUUUAAAAAGUGGAAGAUUCUCUCAAGACACAAGUUGUGUGAUAAUAGUGUGUUCUGUGUGUGUGAAUGAGAGUUUAUAAAUGUUGAAUUCUAGGCUCCGACAAUCAUUGUCAGUGCAGAUCAAGCUGCAAUAUUUAUGUUUGAAACUUAAAUUAUAAAGCUAGUGAAGUCUUUCUAACAACGAGUUCUAUUAUUCAUGAGCACAUUUACCUACAUUACCUUUUCAAGAUGUUGAGAAAGACCAUCGCAAGCACAGGUUGGAGGCUCUCAUAGCAGAGGAAAACAAUGCCUUCUGGGAAUUGAACAGUGAUUUGAUCUAGUCUUUAAGAUUAGAAGUAAAAAAAAUAAAGAAAGAAAAUUAAAACCUCAUUAAAGCGAUCUUUGAGGCCUUUCUUCCAGAAAACAAGGAUUUGGUUGUCAGGCCUAUAUUAGGCCUGAACCUUGGUGCCAUGUAUAUUGUUUCAAUGGAAAGUAUCUUAGUGAUAGGAACUUCUAGUACAGUUUGGAGUUCUUCCAUUUUGAAAACUGUGAUAUUUGCAUGGGAUUGUUUGAAUCUUGUUUUCUAGUCUCUCCCUCCCCAUCACCACCCUCAGAGUCUGAGGGAGAUUUUUCUCUUGAUAAAGGAACAAAAAAAGUGAACAUCUUAUUUGUAAAUUGAUAACUAGUAACUAGUGGUAAACUUGAAAUGGUAGACUUUAAAGCCUAAUCCUAGGUAGCCUUAGGAAAAUGUAUCUCUUUUGAACCUGUAUUCACUUUUUUUUCAAGAUAUCUUAAGUUAUAUUUUCUUUUUCAGAGCUGCUUCUUAUUUGGGGCUACUUUUUUUAAAUUGAGGCGUAAUUCAUAAAAGGGUACAUUGUUUUCAUGAGACUUUCUACAGCUGUGGCCCAGUGUCUUCCAGUAGUCUUCCAAGGAGGGCCAUUUUACUUUAGAGUUACUUUAGAGUCCUGAGGCCAAUCAGCUUGGACUACUUUACAUGUAAGUGCUAGUGCAAAUUAAAACCCAAGUUGACCUCAAGCAGUUCACUUUAUGAAUGUUGACAACAGAAAGAACACUUUGCCUGUUUGCAUACUGUUACUUGUGGACUGAAAUGUUGAAGAAACUCCCUUUUUUGUUUUUUUGCAAAAAUCAAGGUGUAUUCUAGGGUUUCCUGGUUGACCUCAACAGAUGAAGUGAGCUGAUAGUCUUAGUUCAGAAAUGAUCUGAAUGUGUAGAUUUACAGUCUACAUGUACGGCUGGCUAAGUGAGAUAGCUUUUACAGUUCUACAUUUAUCCCAUAGGCUCCCCAUUAGUUACUGAACUCUUAAAACUGCUAUUGUAACAUUACAACAAUGUUUUGCGCCAAUUUUAUAAACCUUUACAGUGCAAUAUGUGUUACUUUUCUGAGGCAAACCAAAGGUAUAUUUCUCAAGGUUCUGCUGCCUUCAGCAGCACUUGAUGGAGGAUCUUUUAUACAUUUGUAAUAGAUAGAAAUAAACCAGAUUGCAGUUUCUGUUUUUCUGUUGUUUUUUCUUUUUUUUUUUUUUUUUUUCUUGUAAACCAUGUACCAAGUUUCUGGUCAAGAUUGUGUAGGAUAAGUUAAACAUAAUUGCAUUCUAUUAACCAAUAUGAGUGUAUUUCUUAUGCAUAUAGUCACAUUGAAAUAAAGUUCUAAAAAAGCA